GGAGACGUUUAAAAGGAAAGAACUCUCGCUCCCAUCACUUAUCCUGAAAUUUGCUCUUUGCGUUGUUUAAGGCUCAUUGCCGAUGCUACUUCGCCAUGCUUACCCCAAUCCUACCGUAACCGGUCUUCACUAAGUCGACCUCGAACAUGAAUAGUUCUCAAGGGUACGGCCUUUCGGGACAACUCCUUCCAUCGUGGCUAAUCAAGACGCAGUCCUCAACGAGGCACCGUGGCCGACCGCAUCCGAGCGUUCCAAGAUGUGCAAUUGCCAGAGUCAAAAGCCCCAGCAUUCAAUCUCGCACCCCGAGUCCUGACACAAGCCAAAGAGUCCGGAGUCUACACAGGUCAUGGUCGAAGAGAAACUCCCAGCUUUGCACCGCCAGCAGGUCGAGUCUCGAGAGACGGGAAUGAGGGGUCUCGGGCUGAUGGUCGUCCACCGGUUGGCUCUGUCUUCUACAAACGGCCUAUGCUCGAACAAAAAGAUGCUGGCAAAACUCUACUCGUUCGACCUGUGACUAGCAUGGGGGAUGCUCCGCAGGCUCAGACUACGCAAGGGGAACAGACCGGAAGCUCGGAAGCUGAUCAACUUCAUCGAAGGCGUCGAUCCGCUGGGCAUGUGGCGGAUCCGAUUGAGGCAAUAGCCACCGCUCGAGCAAGACUUCGCUCUAUCGCCGGACAGAGGACUGCAAAUGGAAAUCAGCCACGAGACAGAGCACCUACUCUGGCCGAAUUGAACGACAUGCUGGACGAUGCGAUUGAAAACACUAGUACUCAGCCUCAUGUCUUAUCCGAUGAAGACACAGAUGUAUUCAAUCCUACUUCUGCCCUGAUUAGUCGUCCGCACACUAGCCAGAGUGUCCAUCGCCAAUCACAGUCUCAUGGACGAGAGUCCAGACGAAGCAUAGACUCUCACAGACCCCGUAGCAGCGAGGAAUCUGUCAGGGUCGACUACGGUCAGUCUCCAGCCGAGGGAACAGGUCGGACCCCGUUGCAAAGCAAAGGUCUUGAUUCUUCGCCUGAACCGAGACGAGCGCGGAAGUCCCUGGAUAUCAAAUCUGCUCAAGCCCUUUCUUCGCCUGCUCGACCAGAGCCAAAGACCAGAGAAACAAGCCCGGUGAAGCAAACAGCUGCCAUCUUUGAAAGCCUCAAUAAGAAGCCUAGGGAAUAUGAUGAAGCACAUGAGCAUCGUCAUCAAGGACAUGGCACAUCAUGGGAUGGCGUGGACAAGCAGAAUGGAACGAAGAAAAUGCACAAGAUCAAGCUUGGCGAGACAAUUGAAGAGAGGCCAGGGACACCAUUGAUACCAUUCGCGCUGCCGGCGAUGGUGAAAGAUCAACAGGAAUUUGUCAAAGGAGAAUCGGCGCCCGAGCAAGAACAGUCCAAUGAUGCGUAUGAAGAAGACCAAGGGGACAAGGUCAUAGAGCACAACAACCAACGCAAGCCAUCUUUUAGUUGGCCGUUCAAGUGGGGCAUAUUCAGCAAAACUCCUGCUCCGUCUCAGGAAGCCGAGCAUCCAGAUGAAGCCAAGCAAGACAAGCAGCCGCGAACUAAGCCAGGUGUUGUGAAGAGCAGGGUUCAUGAGCUUAUGCAAGUAGCCAACGAGAAAGAGGAUGCUGAAAAGCGACGAAGACGUGCGGAGAACGAACGGGUAAGCCGCUGGCGAAAUCGAGGUCCUCCAUUUGUCAAGGAGUACGAAUUGAGAGAAGACAAGGUGGACCUGGAAGAUUUGAAGUCAUCUCAGUUGCCUCCUCUUCAGGUCCCUGUUGACGACGAAGCUGAAGGCGUCAAUCCGGCCCCAAACCCAGACGAUGUCUUGUCAGAGCCAUCGUCUCUUCAACGAGCUAUGACCGAGAAGCAAGUCUUAUCGGCACCAAGCGAAUGCGAUGCACCGAGUGUUUUGACUAGUCCAACAAGAUCUGUUCCUCGAACUCCAGUCAGGGGCAGACCGACAAAGUUGGGUCAUCGCCUUUCAAUCGGUGAGCCAUUUGGCGUUGAACAACAAUUCAAACUCAGUCCUGGUCCGAGUCGAAGUGCGUCAAGAAAUGGUAGAGCAGGUGUCAAGGUGGAAGUCGAGGUUCGUGACAGCCCGGAACGAGAGGGUAGGGAGAGGGGAGAGAAGAUUGUCAUUAUCAGAGCUGACGUUGAGGCUGCUGAAGUUCAAGUCUGAUGGGAUGCGAUGGCACUGGGGCAUACUUAUGGACUGAGAAAGCAUGGUAGAUGUGGCAUUUCAUAGUCCACAUGUGACAUGGUGGUGAAGAAUGAAGGAGAUU